CACCACCCCGAGCACCGCAACCACAAAUCCCAUCCCACAAUUCACAAUCCUCGUCACUUCUCACCAACCCGAAGCAACCGAAGCUUUACGAGCGAAGCAAAGCGCACCGACACCUAGAAUGGCCAUGGCACCGUCUGCAUCCGCCGUCUCCUUCUCCGCCCGCCCGGCGACCGUCGUCGUCCGGCCGCGCGCCGCCUCCGUCUCGGCCGGGGCCGGCCAGGUCCGCGCCGAGGGAGGCAAGUGGUGGGCGCCGCUGGUCGGGUGGUCCGGCCGGGCCGACUACAUCGAGGCCGCGGUGCCGGCGCCGGCGCCGGUGCUGGUGGAGGAGAAGGCCGGGAGGUCGUUCGUGGGCGGGCUCACGGAGGAGAAGGCGCGGCAGCUGCGGGCGCGCAUGGUGGAGACGGAGAGCUUCCACGACGCCAUGUACCACUCCGCCAUCGCCUCCCGCCUCGCCCGCUCCACCUAAGCCCGGCCGGCCCGGCCGCCCGCCCGCCGCCGUGGAGAACCGAACCAACUCGCCGACACCACCAGAAAAGCUGCCGUGCCCGCGCGCGCGUGUACAUAGUUGUUUCCCUGUUUCUCGUCGCCGUUGUUGUAGCCGUCGUGGAGAAGAGGGCUAGAUGUGAAUUAGGGGAGGUAUCUGGUUUUAGGGUUGGUACCAUCCCCUUCGUCUGAUCUUCUCUUGCUCUGGGUAAUUAGGAAGCCCCAGAUGUUUCGAUUUUAUUCCCCACCUUGUCGCAACAUCCGAGAUCUGCAGUUACAUGUGCCAGAUCUGAGAGAUUUGUGAGUAGCUCUUGUAGACCUGAAUGUCAAUUAAUUGGAUCUGAACAUCUUGUGUUGUUUGUAUUGUA